AUGUUUUUUCGGAACCAAUUUCUGUUUCUGCUGUGCCUGGGCCUCAGCGAUCUGCUGCCACUGGCAUGGAGCCGAUCGCUGACUGUCACGCUAAACAUGUCCCUGACCCGUUCCGUGGAGGAGGACGAGAAGAAUCCAACGAAAGCAACGCUCACCGAGGACAUGCUGCAGUCGUGCAUCCGCAGGACAGAGAUCUCCAUGUCGCAGCUGAAGCUCUUCCACAUGAGCCUCCUGAACAACGACUACAACAACGAGAAUGAGGUGGUGCCCCCCAUACCCCUAGGCGAGAACAGUCUGCCAGACUCGGAGUACGGCAUCAGUUCGCAGAUGCCAUACCUUGACAUCAAGGGCAACGAGCCGCUACAGUGCUUCGUGAGCUGCCUGUACGAGAAUAUAGACGUCUACCGAUACAAUAUCCUGCUGGAGCAUGCUUUCCGUCAACAGGUACAGACCAUGCUGCAGAAGGAGAAGCCAGCGGUCAAGGAAUGCAGCGACCUCCAGGGCCGCACCCGCUGCGAGGCGGCCUACAAGCUGCACCUCUGCUACAAUCACCUGAAGACCCUGGAGGCGGAGCAGCGAAUAAGGGAUAUUAUCGAGCGGAGCGAAAUGGGGGAGGGUGAUCUCGGCCUAGACGGCGAGAAGGACCCCGCCGGCGAAGUCAUCGAUGGCAUUCAGCAUUCCAAUGAAGCCGAAUCUAAGGAGGAAUAA